AUGGCUGACGUUGAUGUCGACCCCGAGGUGGCGGCCGCCGGCCCCAAGAAGAGGACGUUCCGCAAGUUCAGCUACCGCGGCGUGGACCUCGACGCUCUCCUCGACAUGUCCAGCGAGGACCUCGUCGGCCUCUUCCCUGCCCGCGCCCGCAGAAGGUUCUCGAGGGGUCUGAAGAGGAAGCCGAUGGCGCUCGUCAAGAAGCUGCGCAAGGCGAAAAGCGAAGCCCCUGCUGGUGAGAAGCCUGAGCAAGUGAGGACCCACCUCCGCAACAUGAUUAUCAUGCCUGAGAUGAUCGGAAGCGUCGUGGGCAUCUACAAUGGCAAGUGCUUCAACCAGGUGGAGAUCAAGCCGGAGAUGAUUGGGCACUACCUGGCAGAGUUCUCCCUGUCGUACAAGCCGGUGAAGCACGGGAGGCCUGGUAUCGGUGCCACCCACUCGUCGAGGUUCAUUCCUCUCAAGUGA